AUGGCUGCCAAUGAUCCAUCAUCUCGUGAUGAUUCCAAAGUCAAGCCACCGGCCAUCGACCAACUCACCUUGAAUGCGGACACGAACGACACGACGUUUGGUCAAAUUGAUGAGCGGUACCUCGCUACUAAGUGGGAAAUCUGGGCUUAUUAUGCCUACUACAUCGGCAAUAACGGAUUGUCUUUGUUCAACUUCGCUCCAACUGCCUUCCAGAAUCUUCUCUAUCAAGCAGCAGGGGACGCGAAUGGACUGCUCUUCGCGGGAAAAUUCAGAUCCACCGAAAGUAUAGUCCUACUUUGCAACGGCAUCUCGUUCGCGAUCCAGAUAGUGAUCUUCCUCGUGAUAGGAAGUUUCGCUGAUUUCGGGAAUUGGCGACCAAACAUCCUCAUUGUGCUUUCUGUUAUUGCCUACGCACUGGGAUUUGCCUGGCUGGGCGUCCAUACGGCGGAUAAAUGGCAGAUUGGGGUUGGCCUCUAUAUCGUUGGUCUCAUUGCCUAUCAGACCACUCUGACUUUUUGGACUGCUGCUUUCCCAUCACUUGCACGUAAUACUGCUAAGAUGAGACAAAAGUCCGAUGAUUUCGCCGCUGGCAAUAUCUCGCGUGAAGAAUAUGAUUUUGCGGAUACGAUGAAAAGGAGCCAGCUUGCGAACACUGCCUUCUAUAUUCAGUCCCUUUCCGAGAUUGUCAUCCUUGCCAUUAUUGUUGGUAUUAUGUUUGGCGUUGAUGUCAACGCCAGUGAUGCAAAGAAUAACUGGGGCAUAAGUGUCCUUAUUGCUUUUGCCAGCGGUGUCUGGCUACUUGUCUCAUUGCCGUGGUUCUUCUUAGAGAAACGGCGGCCAGGCCAAGACCCUGGGUCUCGGAAUAUUGUUAUGGCAGGCUUGUCUCAGCUUUAUUAUACAAUGAGCCAAGUGUGGAAGCUGAAGCAGAGCCUGCUCUAUCUUAUUGGAUACUUCUUAUUGGGUGAUUCAUUGAACACUACAGUCACUGUGGUCAGCACAUUACAAAACAGCUUAGUGGCGUAUAACACACUGCAGCUAACAUAUCUCCUGAUUGUGGGAAUCGCAGCUCAAGCUGUUGGGAUUUAUCUAUUUUGGGCUAUUCAACAGCGGUACAAAUUAGGGACAAAGACUAUGUUUAAUGCCAUUGCACUUGGCAUUGUCAUACUUGAUGGUUGGGGUAUGAUAGGUAUUUGGACCGAUAAGUUUGGAUUCCAUCAUGUGUGGGAAGUAUGGGUCUAUCAAGCUUUCUAUGGGCUGUUUAUUUGUCCGUGGUACAGCUACUCCCAGAUUAUGAUCUCCGAGGUAACACCCCGAGGUUAUGAGUUCCUGUUCUUCAGUCUAUUCAGUAUCGUCGGUAAAACAUCCUCGUUCAUCGGACCUCUUGUUUCCAGUGCCAUCAUCGAUGCUACUCCUUCUGGCAAUGUAUCCACGCCUUUCUAUUUUCUAUUUGCGCUUAGCGUGUUGAGCUUUGCAAUCUUGUUCAUUGGAGUUGAUCUAAAGAAGAGUCGUUUGGAACAAGAUCAGUUCUUGAGAGAGAAGGAGACAAGAGUGGAAGUUGAUACGAAAGCAGUGUGA